GACCCGGACCUCCAACCAGCCUGUUUCAGCCACCUCGUCGUCCUGGCCUUGGAACUCUUGGAAAACCGAUUCGACUGUUAGCCAAUCAUUUUCAGGUUCAGAUUCCUAAAAUAGAUGUGUAUCACUAUGAUGUGGAUAUUAAACCAGAAAAACGGCCUCGUAGAGUCAACAGGGAGGUAGUAGAUACAAUGGUGCGGCACUUCAAGAUGCAGAUAUUUGGUGAUCGGCAACCUGGCUAUGAUGGCAAAAGAAACAUGUACACAGCACAUCCACUGCCAAUUGGACGGGACAGGGUUGAUAUGGAAGUGACCCUUCCAGGUGAGGGUAAAGACCAAACCUUUAAAGUGUCUGUUCAGUGGGUAUCAGUUGUAAGUCUUCAGUUGCUCUUAGAAGCUUUGGCCGGACACUUGAAUGAAGUCCCAGACGACUCAGUACAAGCACUUGAUGUUAUUACAAGACACCUUCCCUCCAUGAGGUACACUCCAGUGGGUCGUUCCUUUUUCUCACCUCCUGAAGGUUACUACCACCCUCUGGGAGGGGGCAGGGAGGUUUGGUUUGGCUUUCAUCAGUCUGUGAGACCUGCUAUGUGGAAUAUGAUGCUCAAUAUUGAUGUGUCUGCAACUGCUUUCUACCGGGCCCAGCCUAUCAUUGAGUUCAUGUGUGAGGUUUUAGACAUUCAGAACAUCAAUGAACAGACCAAACCUCUAACAGACUCCCAGCGUGUCAAGUUUACCAAAGAAAUCAGAGGUCUUAAAGUUGAGGUGACCCACUGUGGACAGAUGAAACGAAAAUAUCGAGUUUGUAAUGUGACUAGACGGCCAGCCAGUCAUCAAACUUUUCCUUUACAGCUAGAAAAUGGUCAAGCUAUGGAAUGUACAGUAGCUCAAUAUUUUAAGCAAAAGUAUAGUCUGCAGCUGAAAUAUCCCCAUCUUCCCUGUCUCCAAGUAGGACAAGAACAAAAGCAUACAUACUUGCCACUUGAGGUCUGUAAUAUAGUGGCCGGACAGCGAUGUAUAAAGAAGCUCACAGACAAUCAGACUUCCACAAUGAUCAAAGCCACAGCAAGGUCUGCUCCUGACAGACAGGAAGAAAUCAGCAGACUGGUGAAGAGUAACAGCAUGGUGGGUGGACCUGAUCCAUACCUUAAAGAAUUUGGUAUUGUUGUCCACAAUGAAAUGACAGAGCUCACAGGCAGGGUACUUCCAGCACCAAUGCUGCAGUACGGAGGCCGGAAUAAAACGGUAGCCACGCCCAACCAGGGUGUCUGGGACAUGCGAGGAAAGCAGUUUUAUGCUGGCAUUGAAAUUAAAGUUUGGGCAGUUGCUUGUUUUGCGCCUCAGAAACAAUGUAGGGAAGAUUUACUAAAAAGUUUCACUGACCAGCUCCGUAAAAUCUCUAAGGAUGCAGGAAUGCCCAUCCAGGGUCAGCCAUGUUUCUGCAAGUAUGCACAAGGUGCAGACAGCGUGGAGCCCAUGUUUAAACAUCUGAAAAUGACAUAUGUGGGCCUACAGCUCAUAGUGGUUAUCUUGCCUGGGAAGACACCAGUAUAUGCGGAGGUGAAACGUGUUGGAGAUACCCUCCUGGGUAUGGCCACACAGUGUGUCCAGGUAAAAAACGUAGUGAAGACCUCACCUCAAACCCUUUCCAACCUUUGCCUGAAGAUAAAUGCAAAGCUUGGAGGAAUUAAUAAUGUGCUUGUGCCUCAUCAAAGGCCCUCGGUGUUCCAGCAGCCUGUCAUUUUCCUGGGAGCGGAUGUCACACACCCGCCGGCAGGGGAUGGGAAGAAGCCUUCCAUUGCCGCUGUGGUUGGCAGUAUGGACGGCCACCCCAGCCGGUACUGUGCCACCGUUCGGGUGCAGACUUCCCGCCAGGAGAUCUCCCAGGAGCUCCUCUAUAGUCAGGAGGUAAUCCAGGACCUUACUAACAUGGUUCGAGAGCUGCUCAUCCAGUUCUACAAAUCCACACGCUUCAAACCCACUCGGAUCAUCUAUUACCGUGGAGGAGUAUCCGAGGGACAAAUGAAGCAGGUAGCUUGGCCAGAACUAAUAGCAAUUCGAAAGGCCUGUAUUAGCUUGGAAGAAGAUUACCGGCCAGGAAUAACCUACAUUGUGGUACAGAAAAGACAUCACACACGACUCUUCUGUGCAGAUAAAACAGAAAGGGUUGGAAAAAGUGGCAAUGUACCAGCAGGCACUACAGUGGAUAGCACCAUCACCCAUCCAUCGGAGUUUGACUUUUACCUCUGUAGUCAUGCAGGAAUUCAGGGAACCAGCCGUCCUUCACAUUACCAGGUUUUGUGGGAUGACAACUGCUUCACUGCAGAUGAGCUCCAGCUACUAACUUACCAGCUAUGUCACACCUAUGUGCGGUGUACACGCUCAGUCUCUAUUCCAGCCCCUGCAUAUUAUGCCCGGCUUGUAGCAUUCAGGGCAAGGUAUCAUUUGGUGGAUAAAGAUCAUGACAGCGCGGAAGGCAGUCAUGUGUCAGGACAGAGCAACGGCCGAGAUCCUCAGGCCUUGGCUAAAGCUGUGCAGAUCCACCAUGAUACCCAGCACACAAUGUAUUUUGCCUGAGAGUCUCAGAAAAAGAACUCGACCAAUUUGGCACCCCAGCCUCAAAAUGUUUCAAAUGCCUACCGCCUCUAGAGAGAGCCAAGUUGACUUCAGGUGGUCUUCUACCAGCAGCUCGGAAUAGUUGCACUGAAUCUAUACUUCGCAGCACUGUCUGAUGCGUCAACAAAAUUGAGCCAUUUUUUUAAAGUAAUAGCUACUCAUAGAUUGUCUUUUCUGAUGCACUGGACUGAAUUUUUACCUCAACUUGCAAAGGCUGAUCAGCCUGAACUUUCUAAGGGACUUUACAAGAAAGGUUUCUAUGGAAUAUUUUGCUAGCUGUGGUGUUCACCGCAUCCCUCUAGUCUUAUAAGAGAUUAUUCCUUUUUUCUGUAUUCAUUGAGUGGGGUGUUUGCAUAAGUGGGAGAGAAAAACCAAACAAUCUAUUUCAGUUCAGCAUAACUAUUUAAUUGUGUGGGUCCAUAGACUUUUUAAUGGAGGUUUCCGACUUCGCCACUCGUAAAUGCCUUUAACGAGCAUUAAUUUUUGAAAGUUUUACAGAGUUUUAUUAGUUUUACUACUUUAUCUUAUUGAUCUCUACAGACUUGUGCUGGUGUAAGUACGGGCUGCCAGGCAAUUGCACUAUAUGUGGCUGCAGAUUCAGACAGGCAGAUCUUUUAUUUGGUUGACUUUUGUGAAUGUGUAAUGCAAACAGAUGUGACACACGUCACAGUGACAGAUAACACUGCCAUGGCAAAAGUACUCACACUUUCCCCUCUUUGGAAAAAAAAAGUUAGCUUUUAGUAUUUUUCAGAGUUUUCAAAAGUGCCCAUUUUAUGCUGCUGUGUGGUUUGUUAGAUCUAAAUGAUUUUUAAACUUUUCUCAUAGAAAGUUACCUUUGGCAAUAAACGUUUUUUAAGGUCCUUUCUCUUCCUCCCCCAACAGUAUAGUUUUCUAGAUGAGAUUUCGGUAUGAUUUUAUCAGCUAUUUCUUAUAGAUCAUAAUCUGGCAAUUUCUGAAACCGGUCAGAAAAGACAUAUAUUUCCAUGCCUUUUUAAAAAAUUAUUUUUAUCUGUUUUAUAGUCACAGUUGGUGUCCUGUCACUUUGUUUUAAAAUAAGCUAGAACCAGGAUGCUUCCUUAUCGGAUAGGCUUCGCCAAUCCUUAAGGUACAUUGAGUGAUGCUGCAACUUGCAAAAAUGUACCAGCAUUUAAAACUUUUUUUCCUGGGAAUCAAGGUUACUCGCACAAUUACUUGUGGUGCAAAUUUUUUGCUUCUCUUUCAACCUGAAAUGUGCUUGGUGGGGUUCCCUUCCUUUUAUUAAACUAAAACUGCACAGAAAAGGUUGAUUUUUCUUAAUAGAUUCUGGAUUCUGUUCACAGAGAGACAGGAUUCCUUUCUUGUCCAAACAAAGGGAGUUGAUCUAAAGCAAGCAUCAGUUAAAGUGUAGGGGAAAAUGUAUUUUGUAUUUAGUGUAGAUAAUACUUUGUGAAUGGACGACAGUUACAUAGAGUCUUGGUAGUUCCAGCCGGUGUUUCCUAGCCCAGAUUUUACUGACUUGUAAUUCUCUGUCCUGGAACCUCAGAAGUGAGAGCUGGAAAAGGGGAUGAAAGGCCCAGAGCCACACUCCAUAUGGCUGAGGAAGGUGCUAGGGGAAGAGACAGACACAACGUGGUAAAACGAUUUGCCACCUCUUUCUGGAAACUGCUGGUGGGGAAACACUGGAUCUGAUGGUGAAAGGUGUUUGCUUGAACUCAUUAGCCAGUCCAAAUCUCUUAAACUAGCCUUUUCAAAAUCCCAGCAAUAUAAAGCACUGUUUUUCUUCAGUCUUUUAAACAUGCUUGUAAAUACAUUGAGGUUUACAUUUCCAUGUGCUGCUGAUCAGCGGCGCCACCAGUGUUUGCUGAGACUGGUCUCUGAGAGUUUUAUAAUGUGUAUCAAGUCCUCUAGCUCAUUAAGAUGAGUGCAGACUUCCUUAUCCUCCGCAGAUAGUGGGAUGAAAGCAAGCUUUGUAAUUGAGGCACAACAUAGGCAGGAGUGAAGGUGGCAGAUGUUAAUUUCUUAAAAUUUUCCUUUUUUGCAAAUACCUCACUUGGAUACUCCAAAUCAGGACAUGUUGGUGAGGGGUUGGCUGCUGCUUUUAUUCACACUUGUUCAGGGAGAGCACAAGAUACCCUUCAGCAUGGCCACCCUGGACCCAAGAGGA